AUGAGUGAGCAGUUGCUUACCAAGCAGCAGUCACAACUGCACUCGGUGGCGCGAGCUCUUCCGAAUUUCAAAAAACUCGGAAAGAACAAUUAUACGCCAGCGCUAAUUCGAUCGCGACUGACGGGCCUGAAAGAAGCUUGGGCGCUGUGCACGGCCUCUCACGCUGCGCUGAUCCAUGUCUUCCCAGGGGCCAAACGGAAGGACGUCGGCUACUUCGACAAUGCGGAGUUCGAGGAACACGAGGAGAUCUUCCAGAGGACGGCGGACUACAUGACGGAAUGCCUCGAAGAAUUAGAGCCUCCUCUCAACUCAACUCCAUUGGCAAGUCCACCGGCGUUCGGUAAUCCCUCCGCGUUACUCUCCUUGUCGCACCUACCGUCUAUCAAUAUACCCCCGUUCUCGGGAACCCAUGAGGACUGGGAGAGUUUUCGCGAUCGAUUCACGUCGCUCAUAAUUAAAAAUACAGAGUUAACUGCAUUUUCCCGCAUGCAUUACUUAGCGUCUAGUCUCUCCGGGCGUGCUCUGGAAUUGAUACGAACUGUCCCAGUCACCGCCGACAAUUUUGAAGUCGCUUGGCGAUUGCUAGUCUCGCGCUACGAUAACAAACGGCAACUGGUCGGCGUGCAUGUCUCCGCGCUAUGCAACCUGCCGGCCGUCACACGCGAAUCGGCCGUCGAGCUUAGCGAACUACAGGAUAAAGCCAAUCGAGCUAUCGCGUCGCUCAGAAAUCUCCACCGGUCGUCAGACGAAAUUUUGAGUGAUGUCCUAGUUCAUCUUGUCACUCAGCGACUUGAUCACGCCACGCACAAGGCGUGGCGACUGAAAGGAGGCGAUGAUGCCGCGAUUCCAACAUUCGAGGACUUAGAUAGAUUUAUCUCCGCGCGCGUGCGAGCCUUGGAAGAACUCACGCCUCAUAACGCGGCUAAGCCCACGCGUCCGUCAAGAUCCGCCUCCGUGAACGCCGCCACCACGUCUCCAGUCUCGUGUCCGAUUUGUAAGGCGAGUCAUUACUUGAGUAAGUGUCCGCAAUUUGUUAAGAAAGGUCCGAGUCAACGCAUGGAGUUCAUCAAACAGCACCAAAGGUGCAUUAAUUGUCUCAGUGCGAAACACGCCUUGUAUUCAUACCCUAGCCAAUACACUUGUCGCCGAUGCCAGAAAAGGCAUCAUUCGAUGCUCCAUGUUGAUUCAGGCUCAUGCGUUACCGCCUCGGUGAUCACUGCUGAAUCGACUUCGCCGGUCGAAGCGAGAGGUAAUCGCGGCGCGGUAGCGUUGUUUGCUUCGCAAGAAUUAUCGCAUCGAACUCCGGUACUCCUUGCGACGGCGCGAGUCACGGUUCGUUCACCGGCGGGUCGCGACGCGAACGUGCGAGCGUUGCUCGAUCCGGGAUCGGAGAUAACCUUCAUGUCCGCUCGGCUUGCACAAACCUUAAGACUGCGUCGUUUCCAAGAUCAGUUUUCACUCUCUGCCAUCUGCGGUCUUAAAGCGGAGCCGAGUCUCACAAUCACUGCGUCGAUUUUGCCUUCACUCGCUGAUUACAAUUCGGGGCUCGAUCGAGCCAGGUGCAACUGGGAUCAUCUCGCGGAUCUCGCCCUAGCAGAUCCUCACUUCAAUGGUUCUGAUCCCAUUGAGCUCCUCAUCGGCGCCGAUAUCUAUGGCGAGAUAUUCCUUGGCGAAAUGCGGAAGGGACCUCGCGGGCAGCCCUAUGCAUUAAAUACUAUUUUCGGAUGGGCAGUAUCCGGUCCUACGAGUGUUUCACUUCAAUCCCGCCGAACAAUCACUGUUCAACAUUGUUCGGCCUCAACGUCGCUUGCGCUCGAUCGCGAACUGAGAAGAUUUUGGGAGAUCGAGGAAGUUCCGCGACAGACUGUACUCGGCCCGGAGGAACAACGAUGCGAGGAUUACUUCAUGACCACUCAUUCGCGUUUUUCCCACGGCCGAUACAUUGUGCGCCUUCCAUUCAAACGUGAUCCUCCCAUUAAUAUCGGUCGUUCUCGCGAUACCGCUGAGCGAUGUCUAAAAAGCUUACUUCGACGCUUUGAAAUUAACGCCGAGCUAAAACAACAAUAUUUCAAUUUCAUGCGGGAAUACGAAGCUCUGGGACACAUGCGCAGAGCCUCACCUCUCUCAGAAUCCUCUCAGUGCGUGUAUAUUCCUCACCAUCCCGUCUUUCGCGACGGUAGUGCGACCACACACUUGCGCGUGGUGUUCAAUGCGUCGAGUCUAACGUCUAGCGGGAAAUCGCUUAAUGAUAAUUUGCUUCCAGGACCGAAACUACAAACGGACUUGGCGGCGGUCGUGAUGCGAUGGCGACAGUUUCGCUACGUAUACUCGGCCGAUGUCGAGAAAAUGUAUAGGCAGAUCGUCGUUGAUCUGCGUGACACAAAUUAUCAACGCAUAUUAUGGGUGGAUACCGAGACGGAGCGCGUGCAAGAAUAUAAGCUCUUGACCGUGACGUACGGCAUGGCGUCGGCGCCGUUUUUGGCGUUACGAGUCCUGCGCCAACUGGUCCGCGAUGAAGGGCAUUCCUAUCCGUUAGCCGUGUCCGUCCUGACGGAUAACAUUUAUGUUGACGACGUCUUGUUCGGCGCCGACGAUAUCCCUCUGCUUCAGCAGGCGCGCGAGCAAGUAUGCUCACUGCUGUGCUGCGGCCAAUUCAAUUUGCGUAAGUGGUCCAGUAACUCGUCGGCUCUUUUGAGCGACAUUGAUGACAGCGAUCACGGUUUGGCAUGCAGCAAGGACCUUCAACCAGGCGAAAAGCUCGCAGCAGCGGUGCUGCUCUCCAGAUUAAUGGAGUUCGUGAUCACGUCCCUCCACCUUUCCGAGGUUCCGUGCUACUGCUGGACGGACUCCACGGUCGUCCUUGCGUGGGUUACGCAGCAUCCGUCACGGUGGCGAACGUUCGUGGCAAAUCGCGUCGCGGAAAUCCAGACCCGACUUCCCUCCGCUUCGUGGCGACACGUGCCCACCAUUGACAACCCCGCCGACUGCGCGUCUCGCGGAAUUUCCGGGCAUCAGCUCGCAUCCCAUCCGUUGUGGUGGCAUGGUCCAUUGUGGCUUAAGCUUCCGAUCUCCGACUGGCCGGUACCUGUCGACCCUCACCCUCAGACCUCAAUGGAACAAAAUGUAAAGACGCAGGUUCUCGUCGCGAUGUCGAGAGACACUGUCGUGUGGGAUCUCGCCGCGCGCCACUCGUCGUGGCCGAAGUUAAUGCGCAUCACCGCCUACGUUAUGCGAUUUAUCUCGCGUACUCGCGGACGUAUUACGUUGCCGGCUGAGCGCGUCGAGAGUCCCUCAUCCUUGACGGGUCACGAAAUUCAACGCGCGACGAACUUUUGGGUAAAAACCAUUCAAGCGGAGCUAUUCGCGCGCGAGCUGACCGCGCUUCGAAGGGGAUACGCGCUCUCAUCGAAAAGCGUACUGUUGCCUCUCGCGCCGUAUUUGACGAAGAUCAAAUAA